AGCCAGUAAUUUACAGAGUUAAUAUGCAGCCGGGUGUUAGCCGGGUAUAUAAACGACGUCAUUUAUACGCAAGAAGAGUAAGCUGUACAACCAGUUCACCACUAGCUUCUAACAGUAAAAGAUGGGGAUUUCUUACCGUGUACUACUGGCUCUGUUAGCAGUGGUAGUCAGCUACCCAAAGACAGGCGCAGCUAACUCUUAUGGACAAUUUUUAAACCAGUUCGAGGUACUACCUUUAAGCAGUGACAGUUUGAAGGACACGUGCUCCACUUCAGAGCCCCACAUGUUUGAUGGUUGUAUCUAUCCAUCAGACUGUGCAGAUGUUCACAAAUGUAACCACAACAAGAGCGGAGUUUACCGAGUGUUUCCGUUUGGAGUCGGAUCAGGCUUCCUGGUGUAUUGCGAUAUGGUAACCAAUGGAGGUGGCUGGCUGGUGUUUCAGAGACGAAAGGACGGAUCCGGGGACUUCACACGAAUAUGGCAGGGAUAUAAGGAUGGUUUCGGAAAUCUUUACCUGGAGUUUUGGUUGGGACUAGAGAAAUUACAUUUGUUGACAUCACAGCGUCACUAUGAGUUGAUGAUCAACAUUGCAAACUAUAGCGGGAACAGCUUCCAUGCUACUUACAGCAGAUUUUGCAUAUCGGGAGAGAGGCAAAAAUUCCGGCUGAUGUUGGGAAGCUAUUCGGGGACAGCAGAAGAUUCAAUGACCUACCACAAUGGAUACCAGUUUAGCACUCCGGAUAGUGACAACGACGCAUUGCCCACUGGACACUGCGCCGAGGAAUAUAAAGCUGGCUGGUGGUAUAGCGGUUGUCAUCGUAGUAACCUGAACGGAGAAUACGUUUAUGUUGGCGGGAAACCAAGGAAAAAAUACUCCGGUAUAGCAGGGGUCUAUUGGUUAGAAAAUUACGGACAUUUACAGUAUGCGGAGAUGAAGAUCCGACCUGUGGGGAAGUCGUAAACAUAUUCUAGACGGAUCAGCUCAGCUCAAGGGUUCAUGAAAAAUAAUUCCGAAACAAAGACUAUGGUUUGCAGGGAAAUGAUAAAAGCUACAUCGAAGCUGAAAAAAAGAUUUGGAAAAAUUGUAUUUGAGGCAUAUUUUGUCUCCUGAUAAACCAUAUGUCUUAUACGUAUUUUCAGUCAGUGUUCAAAAAUUUUGACAUCUUUGAUGGACAUACUCGGAACGUGGGAGCAGCUUUGUUCCUCCGACCCCCUCCCCCUCCCACAUCAAGAUAGCUUUGUCAGAUACCACCGGUAACUUCACCAUAGCAGACCUCUUCAUUUCCGGACUGUCUGCUGGGACCGUUGGAAAAAAUAUUUUCUAUUCCAUUUUCACCUUCCAGGCAGAAAACUGAGAAAGUU